AUGUCGUCUCAAGUCGUGGUCCCGCCGGCGGAUACCAAUGUUGGAGGACUUCGCCGAAGCACCAACGAUCGUGCACCAUCGAUUUCGAAGAGGGAUGUAGAGCAGAGACAUGGCAGAGACAAUGGUCCUGGUCUUCUCAAGAGAGCAGUCACUGCCAAUACUGUGAGGUCGACUCCAACCGCCGUCCGGAAAAAGCUGCCUUGGCUCGAUAUCCAACCCUCGGAGACACAUUUGAGUGACGUGCAGAAUCCUCCUCCAUCAAAUACCUCAGCUGAACUUCUCGGACAUACGCUGGGAGCAAAUACUCGACUCUUACCUACAGAUACAUCAGCGCCAUCUUUGUCCAAUCCAGAGCCCGCCCCUAGUGUCAACGGGAUUCAGCAUACUGCCAUUUCCACGCAGCCUGCAGACGAUCCAAGCUCAUAUCGAGCUUUCUAUGCUUCUUCAGACUACAGCGCACAGACGUCGGGUGGUGAAGAUCCAAUGCCCGCAACGCUUCCUCGACAAGAUCCAGCUUCGUACGAAAGACUGGUCAUGAAUCCAUUGUCAUCGCGGGCUCAAGUCCAGAAUUUGGACUACCGAAAUCAGGAGGAACUCAAAGGAAUGCCAAGUCAAGUCUCAAACUCUUCAGGGUCAUCAAAACCUGCAAGACAAAGACACCACGGCACAACGAAGCCAAAACCCAAGCCGAGCUUAGAUGCGAGAAAUGCGGAGUCUUCUUCAUCGUCCGAGCAACGACCGCGCUGCAAGUCCUGCGAUGCCUCGUUCAACCCUCGCAAGGUUCCGUCCAAAUCACUGUCUCCUUCGCGUUGUAAACGAGGCUCGCCUGAUCAGUCAAGGUUGCGCCGCAAGAGCGACGCUGAUGCUCGUCACCGUGGUCAAUCUCUCAACCAUGCCGUCAGCGAAUUCGAAAACCUCAUGCAGGAAGCUCUCACAAUGGCAAGAAACGCAGCCAAAUCUGGUCGAGCUGAUGACAUUGCUGGUGUGCUGAUCGGAGCGACAUCUGCUCUCAAGGAAGCGGGAUCCGUGAAGUCAGGAAUGAGUGGUGGACCACUUCGACUGUCGCCUCAAGCUUCGACACACUCCUCUCAAUCUCGCAAAGGCGAUGUAUCAUCUAAUACACCCUCGACUUCGCGUGGAAGAGUCUCCUCAGAGACCCUCCCGAUAGUCAUCACGCAGAGUGGCAAGUCACGCAAGCGCCGAUUUCAGGAGUCGCAUUCGCAUAAUCUUGAACGCGGGACCACCUCAUUCAGGCCACCUAAGUUAUAUACUCCGCCACCUGGAGAUUCGACCGUUCGUGACUUUGCAUACGGCCGAAAGUUCACCAGGAGGCAUUCGGACUCCUCAGCUGGGCGACCUCUUGACUACGGUGCCGCCGCUUCCUUUUACGACGACCAUGGCCAGUCGGUUGCUGCGCAACCAGGUGUACGCAGAAGUAUCGUAGGAUACGAUAAGUUACUUACCUCACCUCCGCCAGCUCAGAGUGGUGAAUCAGCCGGAGGAGAACGAGCUUUCUCGUUGCAUGAAGCCCAAUCGCCACCACUACCGAACGAGUCACCGACUCGCGAAUCGCCUGGACACUCACCUGACCACCAAAACCCAUUCUCGGACAGCGCGGCUGUGAGGGAUAUAGGAGCCGAGCAAGCAGACGAUGACGACUCUACGCCUCCAUCAGAGCUUGCCAGACCGCAAGCCUCUAAAACGCACGUCAGCCUCAAGGAUGGCGACAUGUUCAACGCAGACCAAUUUCACAAGCAUCGACCCAUUGCUCGAGAUUGGACGAUGGGCAGGAAACGGCUCACGGCGUGGAUCGCAUGCUUGAACACCAUCUUUACGGGGUUCAUUGCUGGAAUCUACGCCGGUGAAGUUCCUCGUAUCCAGUAUCAGCUGGGAGACCAAUCGCAUUGGGUCAUCUUUGGCAACACGCUGCUCUUCGCCGGUAUGGGAAUCACUACGGUAAUCUUUUGGCCGCUUCCUCUGCUCCACGGCCGUCGGCCUCAUGUGCUUGUUGCUUUUGCACUGAUGCUGCCCUGCCACAUACCUCAGGCCCUUACUGUGUCUACAUCACACGAUCCAGGAAUCUUGUAUCGAUUUGGGCUGCUGUUACCUCGAGCUCUAACAGGUCUAGCUCUUGGCUUCGCAAACAUCAACUUCUUGCCCACGCUCUGGGAUCUGUUUGGAGCCUCUUUGAUGUCGGAGCGCCCACAUCAAGAGCUGGUUGCAUAUGACGACGUCCGAAGACAAGGCGGUGGUGUUGGAGGAUUCUGGAUCGUCAUCAUGCUGUUGGCGUUCUUCUUGCUGGUCAACGUGAUUGCACCUGAGACGAGAAAGGGCGUGUAUCGCCAUUCAGUCCACCACUUCGUCGACUCGACCGAUCCCGAGAAGAUCAGACGAAGAGUGGCCAAAGGAGAAGUCAAACUUCACAUCUCCAAUGAUGGGCCUGCGUGGUGGUGGGAAGAAGUGUGGGCUGGUCUCAUUCUCACGAAACGCAUGAUAUUCCAGGCUGGAUUCUUCGUCAUGAUGAUCUAUCUGGCUUGGAUCAAUGCGCAGUUGACGCUCGUCAUUCUGCUCUUGGGCGCCUUGCUGUCUCGAGACUACGAAUGGAAGCCGCAAUGGGUUGGGCUUGCAGCGCUUGCCAUACCACUCGGCGCAGCUCUCGCAAUGCCUCUUGCGAAGGCAUCCUGGUUCAGCCGUGCGAGGAUCACGCCUCCACGAACAGACAGUAUGACAAUGCGUACGCACAUCACACGGAGUUCCCACUUCCUGCGUCGUCUUCUGUUCUCACUACUCCUCCCGCUUGCUGGACUGGGCUACUGUCUGACUGCAUCUGGACCGCCUCUGCACUGGAGCGCAUGCAUAAUCUUCGCUGGUUUCGUUGGGUUCCUCACCGACCUUGGAAUUGCCGAGUGUGUUGGAAUCAUCAUGGAGACUUUUGAUACCUGCGACCUUCAACCUGGAGCCAACACGAAGCAUCGGGCUCAAUCGAUGUCCUCCAGUACCAAAAGGCGACGAACGAGCUACUCAUCCUUCCCGCGAGUCUGCGCUGGCUUCUUCGCAGCCCAAUCUCUCGGUUUUUUCUUCGCCGCCGCAGCGACCGUCGUCUCCGGCCGCGUGACAAACGCACACGGCGCGCAAUACGCCAUGGCAAUAGUAGCCGGUAUCCUCCUCGGCGUCACACUACUCUUCUUCAUCGCCGUCACCAGGUGGAAGAACAUUCGAGUCAUUCCCAGCUACACCGCCGAUGCAGGACGUCCGAGCAAGGAAUGGCACCCUCUCGAUUCGGAAUGGAAACCUGUGAUUAUUGGCAAUCCGUCGGGGCAUAUGAGACGGAUGAAUAUCUUGGAGAUGGGCAAGUGGUCGCGAUGGUCGGAGAUUCGGAGGUUGAAUAAAUUGUCGAAGGAUUGA